CAAGCUGAUUCGUCGAUGAAGUCGCCAAUGAGGCGUCGCCCGACGUUAAGGAUCAAGAUGAACAUCCCACCGAUUCAACAGCCAGGUGCUAUGGGUGUAGGACAAAUGGGACAGCCGGUAAAUCCUCAGUUGCCCCAGAAUCAACAACAGGCGCAACAAACGCAACAGCAACAAGUUCAGCAACAACAGCAACAACAGCAACAACAGCAGCAGCAGCAGCAGCAGCAACAACAAACACAGGAUCAACGGGGCAUCAAGCGCAGCAUCUCCGACGUCUGCUACGGCGACGACGGUAAUAAUUCACGGCAGCAAUCGCUCUCGCAGGGUAUGCCCGCCGGCGGCAUGCCUGGCGACUGCGUCCCCGACAAUCUCGACGAGUCCUUCACCAGUCUAGGCCAGCCGAAGAAGUCACCCCCUUCGAACGGCAAGAAGACUAAGGGCCGGGUGAAAAUUAAGAUGGAGUACAUCGACAAUAAAUUACGGAGAUACACCACGUUCUCCAAGAGGAAGACUGGCAUUAUGAAGAAGGCGUACGAGUUGUCGACGCUGACCGGUACGCAAGUGAUGUUACUGGUGGCGAGCGAGACCGGGCACGUGUACACGUUCGCGACGCGCAAACUGCAACCAAUGAUCACGAGCGAUGCCGGGAAGGCGUUAAUCCAGACGUGUCUGAACAGUCCGGAUCCACCGCCGUCGGGUUCGUCGGGCGACCAGAGGAUGUCAGCGACCGGGUUCGAGGAGACCGAGCUGACGUACAACAUCGCCGACGACGAGCAGAAAGAGGAAGGCGCGUCGCCCAGAUCCGACGUCUGCGCCAACGAGAGCGACGGUGAGAGCAGCGAUGGUGACUCUCCCGUCGUCCCUAAGGACCCUCUCAAGAUUACCAAUCACUCGGGAAAUGUGCCUUCGUUCUCUGCAGGGAUUAUGUACCAGGUGCCUCAGAGUGUCAUUUAUUCGCCCAGUCCAGGGGUCUUGCUCGGCAUAGGACAAAACGGGCAACCGGUGCAAAUAUCUCAAGACGGAGGUACAGUAGCACCGGUGGCGAACUCAUCGCAAUCGAACCAGCCGUUCAUCACAAUACCGCUGAACGUCGCGAUGAACGCGGGAUUGUCCUUACCGGUGACCUCCAGGAUGUCAUCCAGGUCACCCACGACGACGACUUCGACGACAACGGCGGUAGCGGCGAUGUCCGGCUGCAGCGACUUGCCUUCCGACCUGAGCAAAGAUCGGGAAUGACGCAGGAAUUUUCCGACAAGCGGAGUCUCCGACGACGACGAAAGUAGCAGUUAAGCCUCUGCUUUCUCGCUAGUAACAAGCGGAAAUUCGUCGUGCGAACUUGUCAGGCGAAUCGCGGAAACGGAUUUUUAUGCCCGCGCGGAUAUCACCGGUCUUGUGAUAUUUCCACAUCCGGGAUAACAUCGGAGCGAGUGAUCCAAGUUUUCAAAUGGAUUACGAGCGACUAUGACUCCAUCGCUAUGUGGGAUUCUUCGCCUCCCUUUGUGCUCUCAUUCUCGGGGACAGAUGUUUGUGAACUUUUAUACAAGGGAAACUAGGAGAACAGAAUUUGCUAGUAUGAUCACGCACUUUUCGGUUAAUAGGGAAUAUCAAUAUGAAAUUAAAUUAAUAAUGGGACAAGAGCGGAGUUUCUAAAGAUGAGAAGAAUAAUGAACUUAUCCUAGAAAAGUAUACAUUUGCAGGUUGAUUGCUGAUUGUAGAUUGUUGAUCACAGAUUUUAUCUCAAAAUAUAAACUCAUGAUAAACUCGUUGAGUGAUAAACUCGUCAAUUGUAACUACUCGAUAUAUUUCUAAACAUUAAUACUACUUUGAAACGUUUGCAUAAGUAAGUCAUAGAAAACAAAAAACA